AUGCAUCCUUCCAGUCUUCUAUUCGCCAUUGCACUGGCGUGCACCGCCGUGCUCACCCAAGCAUCUGCGCUACCCGCCGAAGACAUUGCCCUCACACCUCGCGAUGCUUCACCCUUGGCAGACGAGCUCGACAAGCGUCAAUGCACCCCGGGUUUAGCUCAAAUCGGUGCUGGACGGACGUUUACGAGUGCAAUCCGCGAGGGGGAUGUUGUCGUUAUGGUCAUAGGAAUAGUUGUCCGGGGGGCCCUUGUGGUCCGUGAGCCUUCAUUUAACGGCUAG